AUUAUAUGACGUAUACACGGAAAAUGGCCACGCAGACGAGAGGAAUCACAACAUUCAAAUUCAGUUCUCUGUUUCUGUGCUCUUAUGAUGUCAUGUAUUAGAUUAGAUUCAUUUUUCUGUUGACAGAGAGUGCGAGCUGUAUUUUGGAAGCGGGCUAUUGCGAAACACCGUCAUUAUUUUGCCGAAAGUACGUAAAAAAAACAUGUUACUGAUCAGUAAAGAAGCUAUCCGGCAGCUACUACGCUAGUUAGCAAACGGCUGAGGUGGCUGUCAGUGAGUGGAAAAAAGACUCUGCUAGGAAGAUGUGUCAUAUAAGUUCAUCCAGCAGCACAUGACAUCAAAUCAGCUGGUCUGAAUCAAGAUGCCUCGUCUGGAAGAAUUGGCCAAUGUUGCCCUCAGGGUGCCGAGCAUCCUGGUGUUGGACCUGCUGUACAAAUGUGAUAUCGAAGGACUGACGGAACAUCUAAGGGCCAAGAAUGAAGACAUGCUGUUCAAAUACAAAUAUGUCAUCUGGAACAUGUACUACCUAGGUCAUUUCAUAAAUUUAGUGGUGUUGGUUCUUCCACUGAGGCACAUCGUGACGCUCUACCUCCACAUCCUCGUUGCCCUGCUUAUGUACAUGGGGCAUCAGAUUUCCAAGGAUUAUGUCCGGGAAGAGUUGCAGUACGGAUAUGAAGGAGCAGUGUAUCUUGAUUCUUUGGCCUUCAACAGAUUUGUCUCUGCCAUGACAAGUCAGAUUAUUCUCAGCACACUCUGUGCCUUCCUGAUGAAGACCAGAAAGGUGUGGCUCUUCUCAGCUCACAUGCUCCCCCUGCUGGCUAGAGUCUUAGCUGAUCCUCACACCACACUACUGACUGUCAGCACAUUCUCCAUGGGACUGACUGGAGCUGGCUUCGUUGUGUUCCUCCUCUCCAAUCUCUUUGUGCCAUAUCGUCUUGCUAAGGCUGCAUACUCCGAGCUGCUACAGGUGAUUGAACUUUACCGUGUCCUGGCAGUGGGAAUCUCUCUGUGGAACAUGUUUGCGGUCCCCGUGCUCUUCAGUGUCUUCUGGUUUGUUCUAUUCAUUUUCCAGUUUUGCUCCAACAUCAUGUCCAGCAGCGUCGCCUCAGCAUCUCAUCAGGGCAUCAUGUUCUUCCUGCUUACAAGUGUGUCUGAAUGCUGUGCCACACCAUACUCUCUCCUGGGUCUGACCUUUGUGGUGUCAUAUUUGGCUCUUGGCCUGCUCAACUUGUGCAAGUUCUACCUGGGAGGUUAUGCAGCAGUUCAGAAUGAGAACGUUAUGCACAGAGGUGUGACUGAAGGAGUCACUCUGCUCCUCCUGGCUCUCCAGACUGGUCUGUUGGACAUGCAAGCACUGCAGCGAACCUUCCUCCUCAGCAUCAUCCUCUUCAUCGUUGUGACUUCAACCCUGCAGUCGAUGGUUGAAAUCACAGAUCCAAUCAUUCUGGCUUUAGGUGCAUCACGCAACAGGAGCUUGUGGAAACAUUUCCGUGGCCUCAGCAUGUGUCUGCUGCUGCUGUUCUUUCCAGUCUUUAUGGCUUAUAAAAUCUCCCAAUUCUUCCACAUGGACUUCUGGCUCCUUAUACUGGUGUCGAGCUGCAUGUUGACGUCUCUUCAGGUUACGGGCACUUUGCUGAUCUAUGCUCUCUUCAUGGUGGAGCUGUUUCGCAGUGACCCAAUCGAGAGCCUGGAUGAGGUGAUCUACUGGGUGAACGCCAUCAGCCGGGUGCUGGAGUUUGUGGUGGCACUUUGCGUUGUGGCCUAUGGCACCUGGGAGUCACUGUUUGGAGAGUGGAGCUGGAUGGGUGCCUCAGUAAUUAUCAUUCAUUCAUACUUUAACGUGUGGCUCAGAGGGCAGUCUGGCUGGAAGAGCUUCCUGCUCAGACAGGAAGCAGCUAAGAAGAUCAACUCCCUGCCCAGAGCGACACCACAGCAGCUGCAGCAGUACAACGACGUCUGCUCCAUCUGCUUCCAGGAAAUGAGCUCUGCUGUGAUCACACACUGCAGACAUUUCUUCCACAGCAACUGCCUCCGCAAGUGGCUGUACGUGCAGGAGACCUGUCCCAUGUGCCACCAGAAGGUCCAACCGAACCGUACAGGAGCAGAGGGAGACCCAGAAACAGAUGCAAUUGCAGGUGAAGACAAUCAGAACAACAACGGCACACCCGAAGAACCACUUAGUAAUGAAGUAACACCUGAUGACACUGAGCAGCAGGAGGAAGGUGAGAGGGAAACCACUGAGGAUGGAGCUGAUGGCAAAGAGGACGACCGCCAACCUGCCGAACCUGACCGAAAAGCUGCUCAGGGUCUUCGAUUCAGCUCCAAUGGAGACUUUGUUGGAUUUGUUAACUCCACUUCUGAGGAGGGUCGAGACGAGCUUUCUUGUUUCUCGAAAGCUUCUCAAAACAACGUGUUUGAAGAGGGCAGUAAAGAAUUACCACCACCACUGCCUUCAGAGGAGACACCGGAAGACCAUUGUGACUGUGAAGAUCCAAGACCAGAGGACAGUGUCAGAGUGGAGCCAUUUAACAUGGCUAAAAAUGACACCAGCUGUGAUUGCACUGAACAGUCCUGCAGUGGCCUAUGUUCAACUGAAUUAAACAACGGUGACAACCGAACAGAAGGCUGCCUCACAUAGAACCAACACGACUGAAAGCCAAAAAAAAAAAAAGAAGAAGAAUCACAAGCGUUUAACCUCAAUGUGAAAAUGGAUGUGAUCUGAGAGGUUGAAAUUGUCCCGGUGUCUUCAGUGGACCACUCUCAGCCCUGUGCACAAACAGACAGAAAAGACUGCUCUACGUCAGUGCCUUGACAGGUUUAGAGAAAUGAUUAACUCUAAAUGAAUUUGUAAUUUUUCUAGACAAUGAAAAGAAUGUGCUCCAGCCAAUACUGUGCAUUCUGGAUUGGAAAUCAUAUCUUUAUUGUACAAUUGUAAAAUGUGUGUAUAUUAAUAUAAUUAUUAUAAGUAAUGUAUAAAUAUAGUGUUUGUUUAAUUUGGACAGGUGACACUUGUUACAGAUGUUAUUUUUUAUUGAUUAUUGUUUAUUUUGUUCCUGUCUUCGGGGAAGGGUUUUAUAUACAGAUACACAUUUUCUGUGGAGAAAGUGGUAAAAACUGGCUCUUCGUGUGAUUAACAUCUGAUUCAGACUCCAAUUGUGCAAAUGUUGCAUCUCUUAGUAUUAAAAAUACUGCUGUGAACUUAA